UGCUUGCUGUACCCAAAGAUGUCUUAUGACCCUUCCUUCAGCAGCACAAGACCUGGAGAGGAUCUUGAGGGUGGCAGCUUCUCGGAGGAAAGCAGUGGUGUGAGUGAUGACAGUAGCAUCCUGGGAGGGGACAGCCCAGUCACGGGGCCUCUGGGUGCAGUGCUGCUCAUCAUGUGCCUCACUGGGAUGGUGGGGAACAUCUACACCAUGUUGGUAGCCUCCGGCAGGGUGGCGGGCCACUCAGCGGGCUCCUUGGGGGUCUAUGUGAUCAACCUAGCCCUGGCUGACCUCCUGUACCUCUCCACCAUCCCCUUUGUGGUCUGCACCUACUUCGCCCAUGACUGGUUCUUCGGGGAUAUGGGCUGCAGGCUUUUGCUCAGCCUGGACCUCCUCACCAUGCAUGCCAGCAUCUUCCUCCUGACUGCCAUGAGUCUGGAGCGGUACUGGGCAGUGUCCAGGCCGCUGCGGGCCAGGUGGGCCAGCAAUGCUUACCGCAAGCUGGCCAGCACUGUCCUCUGGCUCCUCUCGCUCCUGCUUACGGCCCCCAUGAUGGUGAUGACCCAGCUGCGGGAAGAGGACGGUUCCCACAAGCGCAUGUGCAUCCCCAUGUGGACACCAGCAGCCUUCCGGCUCUACCUGACAGUGCUCUUCACCACCAGCAUCCUGGCACCCGGCGUGGUGCUGGGCAUCGUCUACACCCGCCUGGCCCAUGCAUACUGCUCGUCUGUGUGGGGCAUGGGGCUGCCGGUGGCUGGCAGGGCCCCUGCCCGGCGGCUCUUGUCCAGGAUCUCCACCAUUGUGGUGGUUUACUGGGCCUGCUUCCUCCCUUUCUGGGCCUGGCAGCUGGCUGGGCUCUACUGGGGCAAGGGGCUGGGCAUUGGUGCCACCACACAAGCCUACCUCAACUUUGGGGUCACCUGCCUGGCCUACAGCAAUAGCUGCAUCAACCCCUUCCUUUACACCCUACUCACUCGCAGCUACCGCCGGUGCCCCAGGGUGGGCAUGGCACGACCACCAGCACCAUCCUAGGAGCCAUGGAAGGGCUAGGGGGAAGCCACAGCAUCCCUCCACUUAAUAGAAUCAUAGAGUCACAGAAUGGUUUAGGUUGGAAAGGACCUUGAGAUCAUCUAGUUACAACCCCCUGCCAUGGGCAGGGACACCUCACACUAGUCCAUGUCACCCAAGGCUCUGUCCAACCUGGCCUUGAACACUGCCAGGGAUGGAACAUUUAUCAGUUCUUUGGGCAGCCCAUUCCAGUGCCUCACCACCCUCACAGUAAAGAACUUCUUCAUUAUACCUAACCUGAACUUCCAAUGUUUUAAUUUGAACUCAUUACUCCUUAACUUACAGCUACAGUCCCUGAUUAAUUGUUCCUCUCCAGCAUCCAAUUCUGGGAGAGCUGUUGAGCUAUUUGGGAUGAGCAGCAUCCUAGGUUGGGAACAUUGGCUGGGGUUGAGCCAAGAAAUAAAAGUGCAUCACCCUC